AUGAUUUUUCCAGCAAUUCAAAAAACGAUCGUGGGGGCUUGUGCUAAAGAAACAACUAAAGCUAUCAUUGAAGUUUUGGGUGGUGAUUAUUUUGAAAUAUUGAUUGAUGAAUCAAAGGAUGUCUCACAUAAGGAGCAAAUGACCUUAAUUUUGCGAUAUGUCAACAAAAGUGAAAUGGUGAUAAAGCGAUUCUUGGAUAUUGUCCACGUGAGCGAUACGUCUUUCUCAUCAUUACAAAAAGCAAUUUAUUCUUUGCUUUUGGAUCAUUCUUUACGUAAAUCCAAGAUAUGUGGACAAGGUUAUGAUGGAGCUAAUAAUAUGCAAGGAAAAAUAAAUGGUCUCAAGUCUUUAAUUUUGCAAGAUACUCCCUCUGCAUAUUGUAUUCACUGUUUUGCUCAUCAAUUGCAACUAGCACUUGUAACUCUUUCUAAAAACCAUUCGGAUGUGGAUAAUUUCUUUUAUGUUGUGACUAAUAUUUUGAAUACUAUUGGAUCUUCAGUUAAGCGCAUGGAUUCACUUCGACAACAACAAGAAGACAAGUUGGAAGAGUUGCUUAAAUUUGGAGUCUAUACGGGGCAAGCUUUACAAAAGAAAGAUCAAGAUAUUGUUAAUGCUAUGGGAAUGCUUGACCUUGCAAAGAAAAGAUUGCAAAUGAUGAGAGAAACUGAAUGGGAUUCUUUGUUGGAUGAGGUGUGCUCAUUUUGUAGUAAACAUGAUAUUCUAAUUCUCAAAAUGGAUAAAGACUAUACUCUAGGAAAGUCAAAGCAUAAGAGUUUGAAUCCAGUUGAUUCAUUUGCUAAUUUUGAUAAGGACAUGAUAAUGAAGUUAACAGAGUAUUAUCCAAGUGAGUUUGGUGAUAACAAGCUUCGAGAACUCGGCUUCCAGAUUAAUAGUUUCAUUGUCUAUGCUCAAAAGUGUGAUAGCAGAUUUCUUAACCUGAAGGGAAUUAAGGAUUUUGCUAGAGUGAUGAUAGAGGCAAAAUUGGAUCUUACUUGGCCACUUAUUUAG